CCUUAAUGCUCGCGGUGCCCGAGCAGGCAUUCGUUUGCAACCUCCAAACCACUCUGUCUGCUAGAACACUACUGCUUUGAAUUUCAGACGUCUCUCAUUCCCGCACCAUAGUUAUUGACGCGUCAUGGACUGCCUUGAACUGAAUAUUCGUCAACUCAUACUGUCCGACCUCGCAUCUAAUGUUAGCGACGCGAAGGACAACAUACAUGGCGAAGGCGUCGCGACCGCAAUCGACUUGGUGACGUCGAAGGUCGAGACGCGUGAUGUGGAGGAUGCGGAUGUAGAGAAUACUGAGGAAGCGAGAGUAUUCAUGUCAAACUCCAGAGUACAGUGCAACAUCGGCUUCGCGGAGCUCGCUGUGAGUCUGCCCGAUGCUCACGUGGAGCAAACAGUCCCCGUACUUGUGGACAUCUUGCGCGAUGUUCCUUACAUCGACUUUGAUCAAUGCUUGUUCUGGGAAGAGUGGUCAUUGCCCGACCAGCUCGUAUUCUCCACCGUGUCUGCAUUGCUCCGGAUCGCCAAUUCCCAUUCCGAGUAUCGUGUACACGCACUCGAUGCGAUAGUGCGCUUCACGGACAGCAUCGUCAACUUGUUGAAAACUGGCGAGGCGGUUGACAUCCUCACUCAAAUCGCACCGGCCUUCCACGGAUUCUACAGGGCAAUCAUAUCUGUGUCAUUUGAUUGGUCUGUCAACGAAUGGUCGACUCUCUCUCAACUGCUCAACGCGCUUUUCGAUGUUGGCGUCGCCGAACGCUUGAAUCGACUACUCAUCGACAUCGUUCCGAGCGGUGCCGAGGAAGAAGACAUGGACCAAAUACAGUAUAUCCAGACUUUGUUCACUCGGUAUGUGUCGCGCGGCAGGCCGCUCAGCGGCUACUUCAUCGUUUGCUGCGUUACGGAGGCAGAGUGGACGAUUCUUGCGCAGGCAGUAGGCAAUGCGACCACGUCAUACAACCCCGGUUACCCCGAUUUCGUGGAAGCUGCUGCUGCAAACAAGGCAUGGCAGGCAUUGCUGCGGAGCGCCAUCGCCGAUAACGCAGUUAUGGAUACGGAGCCUUCGGAAGACAGCUACGCUUGGGAGACCAUGUCAGAGAGUCUGAAACUGGCGGCUGUAUGUUCCGCCGCUUUGGGAGAGCUCGACAAAGGUCUCUAUAACAGGUUGAGACGGUUGCUUGGCAUUGAAUCGCCUGCAUGCGAUAAUAUGGUACGCGAAGCUGCUCUCAAGUCAACUGCCAUCCUAGUUCGCAAUUUCCCUGAAAUUGCGCUAGACAUGGCCGGGCAUCUCCGCCGCUGGGUCACGUCACCACUGUCUAUAUUCGAGUUCGAAUUCAUCUCGGGCACAAGGACACCGCCUCCGUUGGUAGCAGCCGCCAAAUGUCUGGCUCUUUGCAUUGACCUGGCACCCGGAGACGAUCAGGUCAUGUCGUACAUGUACUCCAUCCUCAACUACAUUGCCGCUACGAGCAAAGAAACUAUUGAAGGGUCAAGCUCUCAUGCCUCCACAGUGACGGACAUGACGGACAUAUCGACGUUGCACUCGGUGGAGAUUGGCUUGCGCGGAUUGUCGGAGGAUGAGAAGAGAACGGUCGGUAUCAGCAGUAUCUCCAUUGCGACUCGCCUGGCAUUAGAAUUUCGGUCGGAGGAGGUGAGAUGCGAUUUGUAUGGUACUUCCCAAGGUGCUCAAGAAGACGUAGGUCACGCGUCUCACGUAUCUAUGCUACUGCAACGCCUGCGCACGGCCGAACCGACUGUGGAAGCCGCCAUUGCGUACAAUCUUGUGGAUCUGGCCCUGGUCGCGCCCGAAAGUUCAUUCCUGGACAUCAUCCGCGCGUUCUCUAGCGUCAAUCGCUCUGCGAACUUGGACGAUCCUAGGUUCUCGAACAAUCAGGUCCUGGCCGCUCAGACUCGCCUUGCGCAAGAACUGCAUCGGAGGCCUGAAUUCUACGAUCUAUACCUUGUUGAACUGCUCACGCUUUUUUCGGACAAGGGCGUCGCCAUCCAGAACGUCGCCAUCUCCAAUCAUCUGGCCAAGAUGGAAGACAUGGUUGAGCAACUGGCGUCAUUGCUCCUGCCCAUUGACGCGCUUUUGACCCAUGACGAUUUCCGUCUCUCAGCCACCCCUUCGAAUAUCGUGAUGUUGUUCCGCAACAUGUGGUUCUUAUGUGUAUUGUUCCAGUUCACGACGCCUAGCGAACAGAAGCAACAAUCCGCGAUGGACUGGCAACAGCCUGCCCUGGCUCGCAUUGCUAUGAAAACACCACCCCUUAUUUUGGAAGAGGCGCAGGAUACUAUCGUCAGCGAUCUCGAGUACAACACGGUGAUACGUCAGGAAUACAUUGAAACAGUCGUAUCGAAGCAUCGUACUCUGUUAGCAAAACAUAUACCAAUUCGCGUGAGCGAGAUUCGCUAUCUAUUCCCCGGACAGGUCAUCUUCUUGCUUUGCAUGCACGAUCUGGGAAAUAUGCGCUCUGCGGCUGGACUUCCUUCGUCGUUGGUCACAUUCUUCGUAAACAAUGGGUUAAACAAGAACGCCUCGCUGCACGCCUGUAUGGAGUCUGUCGCGGAAAAGGUCAUUCGAGGCUGCAUCAUCGAACUCAACGUGCAGGCUGCAAAGCAAGCUCUUCCUCAGGAGCUUCCAUUCGAAUUGCGUUCCUUGCUCCUUGCUAGCACACAUCGUAUCGCAAACGCUCGUGACAUUGCGUCUAGAUACCUCAAUCGUCUCAUCACCUCAUUCCCAUCCUUGAUGUGCGAUCCACCGCUCGUCUUUGCUAUCCUGGAAGUCUUGACUCUUCUCCGCCGGGCGUGUGAGAACGAAUUCAUAGACGAGGAUAACCCUGAGUAUACGUAUCACUCUGAUCGUGCGGACCUUACGUUGAAUCUGCCCGACAACUACGAAGCUCGCAACUACAUGUUGGCGGAGUUGCAGAGGAAUGCAAACAACUGGUUGGAACUAGCUCUUAGCCGAGCUCCGGUAGAGUUGCACUCGACAUUGCAGAAAUACCUUGCGGUCAACCAAGUAAUGUCUGCAACGGAGGCUUCGGAACUAGGCGCUUCUGUCGCGCUACAAUACGGUAAAGCCGUAGGUCCCAUUGAUCGCAAAUUGAUGUCAAUCUCCACAAUGUCAAGCUGGAAGCCCGACAGCGCCAAGCUCAUUGCCAGUCAGGUGGCGUCAAAAAGCUAUUUUGCGGGUGAAGUCAAUGGAUACAGGGCAGGGCACAUGGAUGGGCUGGAGAAGCAUCAUAUCACCAGUUCAGAGUCUGUCGCGGACCUGGAGGCAGAGAAGCUGAAGCUGAAGAUCAUCAGUGCCGUUGACGACAUCCGGGAGAAAAGGCAUCCGAUGGCCAUCCGUGAUCUCAAACGUCUCCUCUUCAGAUGCGCUGCGACUCUCAUCUAUGCUGAGAAGGCGUGGUCUUGGGUGAUUGCGGAAAAGCCAGAUUACGAGGUGGCUUUGAUGUCCGAGAUAGGAUCCGCCUGGCUUGCGACUAUCAAACACGAGAGGGGCAUGUUUUCCAAGACACUCGACUACGCAGAUCCGUUCCUUCAUCCAGUAGAGUAUAAUCCAACGGACAAGACUGUCAUCGACCGGAGUACUGCGAGUGCUCGAAGGCUUCUCACUCCGCACACUCUCAUCCUUCAACUGCUGUUUAGCAGGAUGCAGGCUGCUAGGUACCGCAAGCCGGGUCUGAUGCUCCUGCUUCAACGACUGGCACUGGCUUCGGCUCGUGCCUAUAGGUCUUAUAGCACACACCCGCUCGCGCGCGAAGCACGGUUCUCAUUCCUGUUGUUUGGCUUCGAAACCCUCAAGAGUUCUCACUUGGAUGUAUUCUGCGAGCACUCACUUCGCUGUAGUCUCUAUCGAGCAGCCUUCUCGUGGUUCAGUACCCGGCCGCAAUGGUCCUAUGGUUCUAACCGAGUGCAGAUCGACGCCGAUGUCAAGCUACUCUCAGAGUUCCUGAACCAUCUACAGACGGAUUCGGUCAGGGGCUACCAAGCGAUUUCCAGUUUGAACGCUGGGCAGUCGUCUUCGCAAGUCUCUCAAUAUAUCGCGUUCCUGAAGAACCUCAAUCUGCCUCUGCGACUUUUGAUAGACAACGAAAUUGCACGGUUGACCGUAUGGUCAAAUCCGACAAAUGACCCCAAGCGUGGCCCGGACCAUCUUAUAUCCAUCGAGAAGACUAUGUUAGAUAGUUCUUGGAUCAGUGCUGUUCGCAAAACCUGGGAACUAGAUCCUGCGAUUGCCUUAGGCCUCGCUGAGCGGUUCAACCAUCCAACAGUUGACAGGGAAGUAGGCCAUCUCGUACGUUCGAGUACGCUGGAUGCAAUGCAGUGCCCGGAGGCCCUACGCUACUUGGUCGGAGAUAAAUUAGAUCCAACUUUGCGGCGAGACCUGAAGUACAUAUUGCUAUGGGAGCCAAUCCCUCCAAUCCUCGCAGUGAACUAUUUCGAGAGGAGGUACAACAAUGAUCCUAUACUGCUUCAGUUUGCCCACCGCGUCCUCGAACAACACCCGGUCGACCUCACCUUCUUUUUUGUCCCUCAAAUCGUGCAGGCGCUUCGUCAUGAUGCCUUGGGCUACGUGCAGCGCUUCAUCUUCGAGACAGCAAAGAUAUCUCAGCUGUUCUGUCAUCAAAUCAUCUGGAACAUGAAGGCGAAUUGCUACAAGGAUGAUGCGGGAGAGCUUGAAGACCCGAUGAAGCCAAUACUAGAUGAUAUGACAGAUCGGGUCGUCACGUCACUUUCGGGUGAAGCUAAGGCGUUCUACGAGCGAGAGUUUGGGUUCUUCAAUGAGGUGACGUCGAUAUCAGGCAAGCUCAAGCCGUUCAUCAGACGGCCCAAACCCGAGAAGAAGGCGAAGAUUGACGAAGAGAUGGCCAAGAUCGAGGUGGAAGUCGGCGUAUAUCUACCUAGCAACCCCGACGGCAUUGUCGUAGAUGUUGACAAGAAGUCUGGGAGACCAUUGCAGAGUCACGCCAAGGCUCCCUUCAUGGCGACGUUCAAAGUACGGAAAGAGCGCGAAGUGAUCGAAUCUGACCCGGAGAACGUCGUUGAAGGCGAAGGAGAAGGCAUUCGAACGGAGAUGUAUGACAUCUGGCAGCAGGCCAUCUUCAAAGUCGGCGAUGACUGCCGACAGGAUGUGCUAGCGCUGCAAGUCAUCGCAAUGUUCAAAAAUAUCUUCACCGGCGUCGGGCUCAUGCUGUAUCUCUACCCAUAUCGCGUUACUGCUACUGCUCCCGGGUGCGGCGUCAUUGAUGUGGUGCCGAACGCGACUUCUCGGGAUGAGAUGGGACGCGCGAAGGUGAACGACCUGCUCGACUUCUUCAUCGCUAAGUACGGCGGUGAGGACACCAUCGAGUUCCAGAAGGCUCGCUUGAAUUUCAUCCAGUCAAUGGCGGCAUAUUCGGUGGUUUGCUAUAUUCUGCAAGUGAAGGACCGUCACAAUGGGAACAUCAUGAUCGACGGGGAGGGUCAUAUCCUAAUCUAUGUUGUCCCAUUACGUCCAGGAGGUGUCAAAUUUGAACCGAACUCAUUCAAGCUCACCCAUGAAAUGGUGGUUCUCAUGGGAGGACGGAACUCACAGGGCUACCAGAUGUUCCAGCAGCUGACGGUGAAGGCGUUCCUGGCCAUCAGACCUCAUGCAGAUCAAAUCGUGAGCACCGUGCAGAUGAUGCUAGAUACCCAGCUCCCGUCGUUCAAGGGCGAGCCGACGAUCAAGCGACUCAAGGACCGCUUCGCACUUGGCCUCACGGAAAGGCAGGCAGCAGAGUGGAUGAUGGCCAUCGUGAGGAACGCACACGAGAACGUGAGAAGCACAGCAUAUGAUGAGUUUCAAAGGGCAAGUUUUCAUGUUCUCUAUACUCACCUUGCGCCAGGGAUUCCAUACAAGUAAUGCUCUCAUGGCGGUCAUUGGCUGUAGUGAACCGGUCUCUUACAUAUCUCUUAAUCUAUACUGCAUGCUUUUCCUUGAUGCACGAUGCUUUCCGCCUAUGUUCCGCCUUC